AUGUAUCACGAAUUCAAACAAGGACCAAUCAAGAUCACCGUCGGCCACGAACACGGGAUCGGAUACUUCAUCAGAGUCGAGGAUGAACGACUAGCGGCGGAUGGGGACGAAUUUCCCGUAUCCAGCUUUAAUGAAGCGUGCUACAGCAUUGAUAGCUCGGGGCUGGGCAUAUACCUGGCGGCUCGUACUGGGAAUGAGGGAUCUGGGACCCAAGUGAGCAUUGAGGCGAUGAGGCGACUGUGGGAGCUAUACGGGGUGAUGGGGGAGACGAUACCGCUUAUGGAGUUGCUCGACCUAAGGUUGUCUGAUAUCGUGUAG